AUGACAGUUGCUGCACCGCCUGUGGCACCCGUUCACGAAAAUGGUAUGAACGGCAGUGCCCCCGGGCACCACCAUGUCAACAUGAGCUUGCCACGUUUCCACCCAAUCGCAAUGAAUCCGAGCCAACCAGUGCAUCCUGAGCAAAUGAUGCCAAAUCAUUCUCACUUCCGUCCUUUUCCUCCACCUCAUCCUAUGCAAGAAGCGGGCCCACCAGGCCCGGCUCCUCAUCCUCCUUCUCAUAUAGAUCAGAUUGAUGCUCGCUUGAGGCAAUUGGAACAUGAAGAAGCAGCUCGUAUGGCUGCUCGUAGCCACCUUCUUGCUAUUCGAAAGCGGGAAGACGAAGAAUUUCGUAGGAUGACUGAGAGUGCUGAAGCCGAAGAAGAGGAACUUCGUAGGCAACGGAAACGACUGAAGCGAGAAUCUAUGGGAUUGGGGUAUAAUGCAAGCAUGGACUCUCCGCCACUGCGGCCGACGCCGCCACGUCGUUUGUCCGAGACCAAUGCAGCUACCACCCUUGCAUUCUUCAAGCAGCAAAGUCCUCCAGAGCCUCGUGCCAUCCCUCCACCGCCUGUACAGGCACCGCCGUCUCAUCCUCCCCCUCAGCAUAUUUCUCAUGACCCUACUGCCGGCACAAUUCGACGAAAGCAAAAAUACACCAUUAAGAAUGUCGAGGCCUGGGGGGAACGCCACGGACGACCUGCGGCACACGACCCAUCCGGACGCGCGUUGUGGAAGCGACCAUCAGAUGGUAGUUUAGUGUAUCUGACCUGCCCCGUUUCCGGCUGUGGAAAGGCAGACUUUGUGACGCUACAUGGCUUUAUGUGCCAUUUGACAAAGAAGCAUAAAGAUCGCAGUCUGGGGAGCCAAUCAAGGGCGUUGGAAGUUUGCGGGAUUGUCUAUGACCCUAAUGCACCCCUUCCGCCGGUGUCCACUGUACAGCGUGCGUCGACCGAAGAAAGUCGCGGUGACUCGGCCCCUACAGACCCUGAAGGUUACCCACAAGAGAUGGACUACUCUUCCGCUUCGGAUGACGAGGAGAGCCGGAAGAAUCCCGUGAAAACAGAGACGGCAGAUCGGACUUUACCCGUACCGACGGUCCCCUUCCCGCACCCUGAGGAGCCAUCGAAAGCACGGAAGCUCAAUAAUUCUACAAAACAGUCGAUAUCCUCGAUAAUUGAUCGUGAUCCCGAGGAUGAGCCCCGGGAGCGUUUAGUUUCCAUUCCCCCUCGCCCCGUCGAGCCUUUAUCGCGAGCCUCUCCGGAGCAAAAGCCCUCUAUUCCCAAUGAAGCCGAGGUGUCUCGGCCCGAUGAACGAAAUCAGGAACCAAAUGAGUCAAAGGAGACCGCCGAGUCAAAAUAA